AUGGCGCAGAUUCAAGUGCAGCAUCAGGCACCGGUAUCGGGGCCGAACGGUGGUGUGGCUGCAAACACUGGAGCGAACCAGUUCACAACCUCGCUUUAUGUCGGGGAUUUGGACUGGAAUGUGACCGAUACACAGCUCUUCGAUUUAUUCGGCCAAAUUGCCCCGGUCGUAUCUGUUAGGGUCUGCAGGGACUUGACCACCCGGCGAUCUCUUGGCUAUGGUUAUGUCAACUACAGCAACCCACAAGAUGCUGCAAGGGCAUUGCAGGUCCUGAAUUUUACCCCAUUACACAGCAAGCCUAUCAGGAUCAUGUAUUCUCAUAGGGAUCCUAGUCUUCGGAGGAGUGGGACUGGAAACAUAUUUAUAAAGAAUCUGGACAAAGCAAUUGACCACAAAGCAUUACAUGAUACAUUUUCUUCGUUUGGCAACAUUCUUUCAUGCAAGAUAGCUACUGAUUCAUCCGGCCAGUCCAAAGGCUAUGGUUUUGUUCAAUUUGACAAUGAAGAAUCGGCUCAAACUGCUAUAGAUAAGUUGAAUGGCAUGUUAAUUAAUGAUAAACAGGUAUAUGUUGGACGCUUUCUUCAUAAGCAUGAAAGAGGGAGUGCUCUGAAUAAAACAAAAUUCAAUAAUGUCUAUGUGAAAAAUCUUUCUGAGUCAACAACGGAUGAGGAUUUGACCAAAAUUUUUUGUGAAUAUGGAGUAAUUACUAGUGCAGUAGUGAUGAGGGAUGGAGAUGGGAAGUCAAAAUGUUUUGGAUUUGUAAACUUUGAAAAUGCUGAUGAUGCUGCCGAGGCUGUUGAAGCACUUAACGGAAAGAAAUUUGAUGAGAAGGAAUGGUAUGUUGGAAAAGCCCAGAAGAAGUCUGAAAGAGAACAAGAACUGAAAGUCCGAUAUGAGCAAAGUAUGAGGGAAGCUGUAGACAAAUACCAAGGGGUGAAUUUAUACCUUAAGAACUUGGACGAUAGUAUUGGUGAUGAAAAACUGAAGGAGUUGUUUUCAGAGUUUGGUACAAUUACCUCAUGCAAGGUCAUGCGCGAUCCUAGUGGAAUCAGCAAGGGUUCUGGGUUUGUGGCAUUCUCGACUGCCGAAGAAGCAUCCCGAGCUCUUGCUGAAAUGAAUGGUAAAAUGAUUGUUAGCAAACCACUUUAUGUUGCACUUGCACAGCGGAAAGAAGAGAGGAGAGCAAGGCUACAGGCUCAAUUUUCACAGAUGAGGCCUAUGGCUAUGCCCCCUUCUGUUGCUCCUCGUAUGCCAAUGUAUCCUCCUGGUCAUCCAGGUCUUGGUCAACAAUUCUUAUAUGGGCAAGCACCUCCUGCUAUAAUUCCUCCACAAGCUGGGUUUGGUUAUCAGCAGCAACUUGUUGCUGGAAUGAGGCCAGGUGGGGCUCCUAUGCCUAAUUUCUAUGUUCCAAUGGUCCAGCAAGGUCAGCAAGGUCAGCGACCAGGUGGACGGCGUGGAGCUAGUCCUGUGCAGCAGGCCCAGCAGCCUGUCCCGCUGAUGCAACAGCAGAUGGUUCCUAGGGGACGAAUGUAUCGUUACCCACCUGGUAGGAACAUGCCAGAAGUUCCGAUGGCAGGUGUUGCUGGAGGCAUGCUUUCCGUCCCUUAUGAUGGUGGCAUGCCAAUGAGAGAUGUUGGGAUGGGACAACCAAUACCCAUAUCUGCUUUGGCUUCGGCACUUGCAAAUGCAACAUCUGAACAGCAAAGGACUAUGCUUGGAGAAAGCCUGUACCCUUUAGUGGAGCAGCUGGAGCAUGAUGCUGCAGCGAAGGUCACAGGCAUGCUUCUAGAAAUGGACCAGCCUGAAGUCCUGCAUCUUCUUGAAGCACCUGAUGCACUGAAGGCCAAGGUUGCAGAAGCCAUGGAGGUGCUGCGGAGUGUUGCUUCACAGCAGCAAGCCAAUAGCUCAUCAGAUCAACUAGCUUCUCUGUCGCUGAAUGAUUAAUCUUGUCUCAUAAAGACUUUCUGCAGGUUUGACCAGAGAGUUUAUGGGAUAUUAUUCUGCACAUUCAAAACCCGACUUCCCAUAAGUCUCUUUUGGUGUUUAGUUGCUUUUUCAGUGAGUUUGGAACCCGGACGUUUAGGAUUCUAAGUUGCUGGUAUUUGCAAAACCAUUGACUUUGAGUUGUUUCGUUGACUUGCUUGCUGAUUGUUACAGAUGUCCCUUGAUAACAUUAUAUGAUUGUUAUCGGUCUGGGUUUUAGAAUUCCAAUUAUAAUAUUGAUAAAAUGAGUAAAUAUUUAUAAGGGGUGUGGAAAAUUGAAUUCAAAACUUCCUGCUUUAACCGAGCUGAGUUAUGGCAA